AUGAAUAACAAUAAUAAAUUAUACAAAAAUAUUCAAAAUUUGACAACAUCGACAAUAUAUGAAUCACAGUAUACUAGAACAACUCAAUCGUAUGAUGAUAUUAAUGAUAUGACACGUAUUUUAUCUUAUGCAAUACCAUUGUCAUGUAUAGUUAUAGUUAUAGUACUUCUUACAGCUAUUGGUAUUCAUCGACGUCAACGCGUUUUAGAAAAAUGGACAUCAUUAAAACGAAUGAGAAAUACAAAUCCACGUUGUAUUGAACGUACAGGUUUAAGACGUGAUUCUGAAUAUGAUUCAUCUAAUGAUGGUUGUGAGAGUAUAACAAUUGUAAAUGAAGAUCAAGAGGCAGACUUUCGUUUGGCAACUAUAGCAUGA